AAUUCACUAAUAUCACAUAGAAUAAAAACGUGAAAACAACUUCAACAAAAUGAACAACAUGAAUAAGUUCGACGUGUUAAAGGGGGAAGACAGAGAUGAGGAAAACAGUCUUAAAAGUAAAAUGGACAUCAAAAUGACACCAGCGCCUCCUCCAGGAUCUGGUGAACAUCCUAUACAGUUUAAUUAUUCUCUAUGGUUCUCUAAACGAACACCUGGUAAACAGACCACAAGCUAUGACCAGACCUUACGCUUUGUUGGCUCCUUUGCUUCAGUAGAACAGUUCUGGUCAUAUUACACUCAUCUAUCACGACCCAGUGAACUCUCUGGUCACAGUGAUUAUCAUAUAUUUAAAGAAGGUAUACGACCCAUGUGGGAGGAUGAUGCCAAUAAAGCAGGAGGAAAGUGGAUCAUCAGGUUAAAAAAAGGCAUAGCAUCACGAUGUUGGGAGAAUUUAGUGUUAGCUAUGCUAGGGGAACAGUUCAUGGUGGGAGGGGAAGUUUGUGGUGCUGUAGUCUCCAUCAGAUAUCAGGAAGAUAUAUUAUCAUUAUGGAAUAGAACGGCCAAUGAUCAUGUGACCACAUCUCGAAUACGUGAUACAUUAAAAAGAAUAUUAAACCUACCACCUAAUACUAUCAUGGAAUAUAAAUGUCAUACAGAUAGUCUCAAGUAUGUAUUCAGGGAUAGAUCCAGUUACCGAAAUACAGAUUUAUUUAUGAGGUAGCAGGCCUUUAAUAUCAGCCUUCAGUGUAUAAAAACUAUUUUUAAUUAUGACUUUAAAAAGGCCCUUAAAAAUACCAAAAUUGGGCAAACAGUUUUAAAAUGGCAUUGCAGAUAGCAAGAUAUGCAAAACUGCUUAGCUGAAGUAAAGCCAACAGUGUUAUGUAAUUUAGUCAAGCUUAUGUUGAAGAAAUAAUAUAAACUCAUGAAGAUAUGACUUGCACAACAAGGUCAUUAUUGUUUCUUGUAGUGAAGCUUUCCGCUAUUCUUCACCUUUCUCCCUAAAUCUUAAAACUUGUUGGUCCCCCAGGAUUUUGUUGUGUGACCAUAAUAUCAAGUCAUUUCUUAUUAUCAUGCCCAGCAAAUACUGAAUUUAUAUUUAUGUAAAUAAAAUUAAUUUUAAGGUA